AUGCGUACGUUGAAGGGAUUACUUACCAUAGUCGAAUGUAGCUCUGAAGAGUCAUGGCAGGAACAAUUGGGUGAUAUACAGCUUGCUCUGAACAGUACACAUUCUAGAGUGACUGGAUAUACACCAUUAGAAUUGAUGUUUGGCAUACAAGGGAGCUCCUUGGAAAUAGCCAGAAUAUCAUCAAAUUCCAACGAUCCAAUUAGAAUAGAUCUCGAAACAGCGCGUUCUAAUGCCUCUGACAAUAUUAAAAAAAACAGCUCAAUCGGAUGCUCUGCGUUACAACCGUGGAAAAGCAAAGUCCUCAAAAAUGAUAGGUAUGAGCUAAUGCACAUUAAUGGUUCGAAUAGGAUGUACAAAUACGCACACGAAAAUUUGCGUGAAGUUCCUCGUGGUUCGUUAGGUCUGUUAGAAGUUUCUGAGAAUUUUGACACUGAAGAUGACGUGACGGCGUGUGAAAGCCAUUAUCUUGUUCAUGAAACUAAUCCUCAAACUGAUAAUCAGGAGCUGAAGGGUUAUGAUAAACCGGACCAGCAGGAUCUGAAGGGUUAUAAUAAACCGGACCAGCAGGAUCUGAAGGGUUAUGGUAAACCGGACCAGACUUGA